AUGGAGCAGCUCUCACUCAUGACUCUGCUUGCCGCGUUUUGGGGUGGGUCCCAGAGGCUGCUGGGAGGGAAAGCACCCUGUGCGUCCGCCAUGAUAAUUAAAUCUCCUCUCGGCACGGUCGCUACGGCUAAUAAAGCGUUUCUGUGGCAGGAUCGCCAGGUGGUAGGAGCCCCUUUUACCGGCUCUCAGUACACCCCUCAGACUUACGGGAGCCGCUCGGAUUCUGCCCGUCCAUCACCUCUCCGAGCGAGGACCUUGACGCGCGGCGUGCUCGUGGGAAGCCGCGCCGGCGCGGCGCCUCGGCACCGCCAAAAGGUCAGCGGAGGCCGUCCGGCCGGCCGGAAACCCGAGACUCCGCGGACAGGCAACGAGACAGAAGGUUCCACCACGGCUUCGGUGAAGAUGGGACUGGCGUAUCAAGAGACUGGAGAGACCGAACCUUUGAUCGUGACUCUGAAUCAAGGGCUCGGUGCUUUCUGGGAUUUGGUUGAGCCUAUGGAGAAAAAGGGCUUUGGGGGAGUGUUGGGUGAGGUCUGCCCGGAUGGCGUAGCGGGAGCGCGAAUCGGCGGGCGCCCGGGCUUGUCAGUCAAUACGGAUCCCCGUGCCGGAGUUUCAUCACCGCGGCGUGUCGUCCCGGCGACCGACUGCGUCCCCCACCCCCGCGAACCGCGCUGCGCGGUCUGAUUCCCGCGCUCCGGCAGUGCGAUUUUUCGGCGGGUUUUGGAGGUCGCGGAAACGGACACGCACCGAAUGAACAAGGUGCUGCAGGGUUUUGUGUGCCUGAUGCUGACUCACAGGAUUGUGGGAUAUCCUAUGGACUGCAAGGAGGACCAGGACGGCACGCGCUGCCCCUCCAUCUCCCUGGACAAGCUGCUGGACCGAAUCAUCCAACACGCCGAGCUCAUCUACCGUGUCUCUGAGGAGUCAUGCACGCUGUUUGAGGAAAUGUACAUCCCCUCUUCGAUACGAGCCCAGCUGAGCCGAGGGGGGAACGCGUGCAGCACCAGAUCCGUUCCCGGAUCCAAGGGCGAAAUCCAGCAGAUCUCGGACAAGUGGCUCCUCCAUUCGACUCUGGUCGUGAUACAGUCCUGGACAGGCCCUCUGCAAAGCCUGCAGAUCACGAUGGAUCUCUACGACAACGCCCCGGACGGGCUGCUCAACAAGACCAAGUGGAUGUCCACCAAGCUGAUGAAUCUGGAGCAGGGGGUGACCGUCCUCAUCAGAAAGAUGCUGAAUGAAGACAUUUUGGUGUCCGACCCCAGCCAGAACCUGACCCACUUCGCGACGCAGCCCAACAUGGUGGAGUCGGUGCUGACGGAUUACACCCUCCUCACCUGCUUCAGGAAAGACGCCCACAGGGUGGAGACCUUCCUGAAGCUGCUCAAGUGCCGUCAGUCCGACAGGCUCAGCUGCUUCCUGUACUAACAGGAAGUCCACAACCAGCCAUUUCCUCUACCAUAGAACCCAAGACCAGACUCAGAGCAGUGCACCUUCUAUUGAUAGGACUCCUUUAGAUUUCCUUUUAGAGAUUUAUUUUUUUCCUUCUUUCCUUUCUGCUACCACAAAUGAGCAGAUCACAUUUAUGUAUGUUUAUCCGUUUCCCGUAUUUGUUAUUAAUUUGACAACCCAUGGAAAAACUGUAAUUAAUAAUUUUAUAUGACAUACUGACACAAAGCUUGUGACUAACAUUGUGGGAUUAGAUAAGUCAAUGAGUACGAAUUGCUUGCAUAUGUAAAGGCUUCUAUGGGAAUGUAUUUUAGUCUGUAGUGGUGUCUGUUUUUAGCAUAAAUUAGCUAUUUCCCAUCACAUAGCUGAAUGUAUGUCAUAAAUAUGUGCAAAAGACAUGUAUGGAUAAAAGCUGUUGUUCUUGUGUAUUGAGGCGCCCAUUUGACCAUUAAAGUGUACAGUACUAUAA